AUGACUUCUACGUCCUUCUCGCUUUCACUGCGUCAUGUCUGUCAUCACAACCACUCCACCUUCAAAUCUUCUUUCACUCUCGGUUUGCCGCAGCUGAUAGUGCGCACUAUUACCGAUUUGGAAAAUGUUGGAAUUGGGUGGGAGAAAGGCGCUGUCGUGGAACCGUGCAAAGAGUACGGCCCAGAGGUCCAAAAGGUCCCUGCCACGACUCCACUGGACCAUGUUCUGUACCUGUUGAAACGCGACGGGGGGGUGUUCAUCAAGGGACUGAUUCCAACCGAGGACGUCGACAAGGCGUACGAUGAAGUGCGCGAAACCCUCGACAACGACGUUGAGUGGGAUGGCAAUUUCUUCCCCAAGGAGACACAGCGAGCCUCUGCGCUCAUCAUGAGAAGCCCGACAUACGUGAAGACGCAGUUGAUGAACCCGCUGUAUCAGCAGGUAAUCCGUCACUUUCUCACCACUCGAAGCUGGUUCUGGUGGGGAGAUGAGAGGAAGGAGUCAGUGUCGAAGCCACAGGUGCACUCCUGCGUUGCCAUGCGCAUCGGGCCUGGAGCGACGGCGCAACCUUUGCACAGAGACGACUACAUCAGCCACAACAUGCACGACGAAGUCGACGCAUGGGACGAUGAGAGGGACAAGCAUCGAGAAUCUGCCGUCGGCAUGUUUGUUGCCGGAUCCAGAGUCACGAAAGAGAACGGAGGGACGGCCUUCAUUCCACGCAGCCACUUGUGGGGCAACGACCGCAAAACGCCGCCACGGGUCGACCAAUGCAUCUUUGCGGACAUGGAGAAAGGGGACGCUUUCAUCAUGCUCGCCUCGGCUUUCCACGGCGGCGGAAACAACACGACAAAAGACGAGAAGCGGCUCGUGUUUUCAACCUUCUCUGUUCGAGGCUACCUUCGUCAAGAAGAGAAUCAGUUCCUGGCUGUUUCUCAGGAAGCGGCGAGGAGGUACGACCGGUCUGUGCAGGACUUCAUGGGCUAUUCCAUGAGUGAACCUGCAGGCGGGUGGGUUGAGCAGAUGGAUCCUAUAUAUGCCUUGAGGCCGGAGCUGAAGGAAGUCUGCAAGCGAUGUACCCUCAAAGGCCUGCACUGCGAGGGCUAUCCACCCCGGUUUCAGUUCUUGGAGUACGGGGGAGGAGCUUUGCCCAGCACGGCUAGUGGGCCUCGUGCCCAACCCGACUUGUUGACCCAGCAGACACCCAGCCAGAACAGGAAAGAGAGCGCGCAGCACUUGAGCAUACAAGACCGCUUGGGCUCCGUGACACUGGGGGACUUGCCCGACUGUCCGCUCAUCACCCCCGAAUCGUCCCUGUCGCCCAAAAGUGAGACGCCCUUUGAGCGCGCGAGCCUCGUCGACGACGUCCUAAGCACCAGCCAUGCGCAGAGGCUGCUGGUUCACUUCGACACGGUGCUGUGCGACAAGCUGGCAAUCGCCACGACGGGAACACUCAACCCGUUUCGCGCAUAUGUGCUCCCUCUCUCGUACCAGCACACGGGCACCCUACAUGCCUUGCUUGGACUGACGGCCUAUCAUCUCGAAUCGUCAGGCGUAGACACGACCAAAGCAAACAGCACGGCCGCACUUCAACACAAACUGUCGGCCAUCCAGUCUCUCAGCGGGCUGCUCCUGAAGGAAGAGAUAUCGGGAUUGUCAGAAAGGGAAGAAGAAGUCGCCCUCGUCAUGGUGUUGCUGCUGGUGCUCCAGGACGUGUGCGAGUCGGGCAUAUCCACCCACGGAGCCCACAUCACCGGCGUGACCUUCCUCUGCCGGCGCAUCGUCGAGCGCCCCGCCGAAUCGCGGUCACCGUUCAAGAUGUUCACCAUCUCCUGCCUCGCCUGGUUGGACGCCCUGCGAGGCUUCAGCGGGCCCGAGAAGAUGGCCUAUUCCGACGAAGUGCGCAGAUGCAUCCUCGAUGCCCGCGGCGGGAGCCUGGAAACCCUGGUCGGCUGUCCCGCCGAGAUAUUCUUCGAGAUCGGCAAGGUCCUCACCGUCGGCAAAGAGCACGUCAACGGGACCGUGUCGAUGGAGGACUUCCGGCCGGUCCUGGACGCUUCCGAAGCUUACCUCCGAAGCUGGGAUCCGGAUCGAGCCAGCUUCCCCACGCCAGCGCCCGAGUGGAAGCUGCUCGCAGACGCGUACCGCCAUGCCAGCAUCCUCCGCGUGCUGCGCUUCCCCGAGCCGUUGGCGUCGUAUCCAGCCGACGAGCCCGUCAUCAGAGAAUCGGUGGCGGCAAUCCUGGAUGUGGCUGCGAAGAUGGCCAUGGACUCGCCCUUCUACAAGCGGCUCCUCUUCCCGCUGUUCCUGGCGGGCGCCGAGACCAGCUCGCCGCAUCAGUACCACUACGUGCAGCUGUGCAUCGGCGAGAUCAAGAAAGCAACGGGCUUCCAGCAUCAAGCCAUGACGGACCUUUUGAAGAAGGUGUGGGAGGUCAGGCAAGAGAGCCCGCAAAGGCGCAGGAACGUGUCGUGGACGGAAUGGACCUGUUCCUCGGCGCUGAAAGUCCAGCACGCAUUUCUGUUCUUCUGA